UUUGUCAGCUGAGUUUAGGAAGACACACAAUAAUGGAAGAAAACGACGUCCAACUCAAAAAUGUAACCCAGAUCAGUGGGAAAGGCAUCGACAACGAGGCUUUUGAAUUAGAGGAGGAGCACACUGAGGACAAUAACAGCAACAAAAGUCAGACGAAAAAAGCUAAAAAAGGAUUAGGCUCAUAUCUGAGUCAUGUCUCCAAGCCUCUUAAUGUCACAGAGAGUUACAUCAAGGCUCACUCAGAAACCCUCAAAUACAUUGUCCUGGGCAUACUGGGAGCAGGUUAUGUGGCAUACUUCAUUGCAGCCUGUGUGUUGGAUUUCCACAGGGCGACCGCCCUCGUAGUCCUCACCUGUUUGGCAGUUGUUGCCAAGUCUUAUGAGCUCAUCAAGAAAUACCAGGGAAAAAACAUCAGUCGGUGUUUCAAACCCGCAGUCAGAUGCUUCAAAUCCAACUUGAAAUGGCUCAAAUGGGUUUUCAUCGUGAUAGUGCUGGUCCUGCUUUUGUUGUGGCUCGUCUUAGACACGAGCAAGCGUCCCGAGCAGCUUAUCUCAUUUGGGGGUGUGUGCAUGUUUAUUGUGCUUUUAUUCCUGUUCUCAGCACACAGGGCGAUGGUAUCAUGGAGACCAGUGUUUUGGGGUCUGGGGUUGCAGUUCUGUAUUGGCCUUUUUGUUAUAAGAACACAGCCUGGACUUGUUGCUUUUGACUGGCUUGGAAAACAAGUGCAGGUGUUCCUGGACUACACUAAAGCUGGGUCAUCAUUUGUUUUUGGUAAUGACCUGAUUGCUGAUGUUUUUGCUUUUCAAGCCUUGCCCAUUGUUGUGUUCUUCAGCAGCGUGAUGUCUGUCCUUUACUUCCUAGGAGUCAUGCAGUGGCUCAUUUUGAAGAUCUCAUGGGUUAUGCAGAUAACGAUGGGAACCUCUCCCACUGAGACCUUGAGUGUGGCAGGCAAUAUAUUUGUUGGGCAGACUGAAGCGCCACUGUUGAUCCGCCCCUAUCUGAAGGACAUGACCAAAUCUGAGAUCCAUGCUGUUAUGACAGGCGGCUUUGCCACGAUAGCCGGCAGUGUGAUGGGGGCAUUCAUCUCAUUUGGGAUCGAUGCAUCUUCCCUGAUAUCAGCCUCUGUCAUGGCUGCUCCUUGUGCUUUGGCCAUCUCUAAGCUGUCUUACCCGGAGACCGAGGAGAGUCACUUUACUUCAGAGAAAAAUAUCAAAGUGGCUUGUGGAGAUGAGCAGAACAUUUUGGAGGCUGCUAGCAGUGGUGCAUCUGCUUCUAUAGGUCUUGUUGCUAACAUUGCUGCUAAUCUCAUAGCAUUUCUUGCCAUACUUGCAUUUAUAAACCAGGCGUUGAGUUGGCUUGGAGGAAUGGUGGGAUAUCCUGAAAUCACUUUUCAGUUAAUUUGCUCCUAUGUGUUCAUGCCUGUGGCCUUCAUGAUGGGAAUACCAUAUGGUGAGAGUUUCACAGUGGCUGAGCUCAUUGGAACUAAGCUCUUUCUCAAUGAGUUUGUGGCUUUUGAGAAGUUAUCUGAAUUAAAAGACAACAGACUUAACGGACUUGAUGAAGUGAUAGGAGGCAACAGACAGUGGAUAUCUGUCCGAUCAGAAAUAAUCACAACUUACGCUCUCUGUGGGUUUGCCAAUUUCAGCUCACUGGGAAUUGUGAUUGGAGGCCUAUCUGCUAUAUGUCCAACAAAAAGAGGCGACAUCUCGUCUCUGGUGCUGAGAGCGAUGAUCACUGGAACUUGUGUUUCUCUGGUCAAUGCAUGCAUUGCUGGACUUCUCUUCAUUCCUCCACUUGACUGUGUACAACUGUUUAAAGAGUCUGCCUUCAAUGCCACGGAUGGAAGCAUUCAAACAUGCUGCCAAGACUUAUUUGCAAGCACCGUAAACAACGGGACCAUCUGGUUUGAAGGAUCGUGGAGUUCGGUCCCGAACGUCACAGUGUUUUUCUCCAAAUGCUGUCAGUGUUGUGGCCUUUCUGAUGUGCCUGUUUGUAUGUAGCG